UUCAACUCGGAAUGAGAGAAAGACGCCUCAAAGCAAAAUUCAAACAAAUCAAAAAAACGUCCAAUUCAGGCUGUACCAAAUCAAAAAUUAAAUACAAAUACAAAGAGAAACAAUAAGCAAAAAGUGUAACCGAAUAGUUUAAAACAUGCCUGAACCAACAAAUAUUAAAGUAAUAGUGCGAGUGCGCCCAUACAAUCAGCGGGAAAAGGAACAGAAUCAAAGAUGCAUAAUAAAAGUGAUGGACGGAUCUUCAUUGUUGUUCGACCCAGAUGAGGAGGACGACGAAUUCUUUUACCAAGGUGCCAAGCAGCAGUACAGAGACAUCUCAAAGCGCACAAACAAAAAACUAACCAUGGAAUUCGAUCGUGUCUAUGAUACUGAUCACACAAACGAAAACUUGUUCCAGGAGUGUACAGCGCCGCUGGUCGAUGCAGUGCUCGAUGGGUACAAUUGCUCGGUGUUUGUCUAUGGUGCGACGGGUGCGGGAAAGACGUUCACAAUGUUGGGCUGUGAGAACUGCCCUGGGCUCACGUUCCUGACCAUGCGCGAUCUCUUUGAAAAAAUACAGAGUCAAAACGCUACGCGCAAAUUCGACGUAGGCGUCAGCUAUCUGGAAGUGUAUAAUGAGCAGGUUAUGAACCUGCUCACAAAAACAGGUCCGUUAAAGCUGCGCGAGGACGCAAAUGGCGUAGUCGUAAGCGGAUUAGUGCUGAAGCCCAUUUACAGCGCAGAGGAGCUACUGCACAUGCUCACUAUAGGAAACGCGAACCGCACCCAGCAUCCGACAGAUGCCAACGCAGAGAGUUCGCGGUCGCACGCCAUUUUUCAGGUUCACAUACGCAUCACGGAAUUAAAUACUGGCACCAAGCGCAGUGUGAAGCUUUCCAUGAUUGACUUGGCAGGCAGUGAACGAGCUGCUAGCACCAAAGGCCUUGGUAUGCGUUUCAAGGAGGGCGCCAGUAUCAACAAGAGCCUCUUGGCGCUGGGCAAUUGCAUCAAUAAGCUGGCCGAUGGGCUGAAGCACAUACCCUAUCGGGACUCAAACUUGACUAGGAUCCUAAAGGACUCCCUCGGCGGCAAUUGCCGAACUCUGAUGAUAGCUAAUGUGUCCAUGAGUUCGCUCACCUAUGAAGACACCUACAACACCCUAAAGUACGCCAGUCGCGCCAAGAAGAUACGUUCCGUGCUGCGCCAGAACGUGCUCAAAUCGAAUCUGCCCAAGGAGUUCUAUGUGAAGAAGGUCACCGAGCUGAUGGCCGAGCAGGAACGUUUGCUGCAGCACAAUAAAGGUCUCGAGGCCAAAGUGGCACAGCUGGAGCGCUCCGCCAGCAGCAGUAGCAGCUUCGGAGGAUUCGACAUGCAGGAGCUCAAGCCUUGGUACAGCCGCAUCGAUGCUGUAUACACUUCUGUGAUUAAGCUGCAGCAGUGCGUCAUUGGCCUCCGAAGCAAGAUUCAGACCCUCAGCUAUCGACAAACACUGAAGAAGGACUUUGAGCAGCUGAGGAAAGCUGUGACGCAGGAUCAACGGCUGAUACAAGAGGACUUUAAAUUAUUCACAGACUACAUGACGGCACUAAACGCUAGAAAUCAAAAAUAUACUGAUGAGCUGCCUCAUUGGCGCAGCAAACUCGAGAUGGCUUGCCUAAAUCUGAAAAAGCUGAAGGUCGAGGUGAAGGAGUCCAAAUAUCACCAAAUCUUGAGCAUUUACCUAAGUAACAAGGAUCUGGAGGUGCAGCUCUCCAAGCAGCAGAUAAACUGCAGUCAUUUAACCAGUAUUAACAAUGAACAAGCCGAAAAUGCGAGCCUUCUACGCAAAUCCAUAUCCAUGAUGUGCGAUGUCCUGCAUCAGCUGUACAACCGAUUGGAGGAGACACAGAAACUAACGCCAGAAAUACAAGGUGUAUACGAACGACUUGAGCGAAGGAUGCAUUUCACAGCAUCCGAAACAGAGUUAUCGGCGCACGACUUGGAACUUGAUGCGCUUCUCGCCGAGCAGCAGCAGGAGAAUGAGUCGCCAUCAGCAUUGACCAACAGCGCCAAGAAGCGCAGUCGCGACCGGCGCUACACGCACACGCUAACCAAUAGCGAGUUUGUUCUUCACCUGGGCGUGGACAGCUUUGAAGAUACGGACUCCGACACGGACAGUGGAGAGGACGGGCAGCAGGCCUUUAAGAAGCCACGCAAUCUAGACGUCACUCAAGUCAUUUCCGGCAACAUGAGCUCCCGCAAGGCUUUGACGGCGACUGUCACCAAGUCUCGACCCUUGGUCAACCAACGCAUGGUAUCGGAUUUGCUGUCGGAUCAGAAUGUCUGCGGAUCUGCAGACAGGGACAAAGUGAAACAAGCUCUGCUCAAGUCUAACAAGUUUACAACUCAAGGAUUGCAGCGCACAUGCGCGGCUGCGAUACAGAAAGAGAAUUUAAAGUUCCCAUCGAACUGCGUGCGGAAAAGUCCGCGUGCGCUGAUUGCAAAGACUCUCGCCGGCUCCUCGACGACGGCGCGCAAACCCAUUUCUCGUCUGGCCGGCACCAUUGGCUCGGGCGUCAAGGAGGCGCCGGUGGUAAGAAUAAAUCGGGCUGCCUCGUUUCGCGUAAAGAAAUAAUUGAUCUUAAUUGCACUGUGUUAAGCGUUUAUUUUCAAUUUCGGUUUCUUUAUGCAAGUUCAACGAUUUUAAUUUACUGCUUUUAGUUCUGUAAAAACCCUAAAUAAUCGCUAUAAUAUAUAUUAUGUAAAUUUAAA